AUGGCUAAAGUACUUACGACGGCAUCAAAAUGUGUGCCGAAUCUAAUUACAUUAUCAGCGAAAACAACUACCAUCAAUAAUGUACGAUCAGCAUCGCCUGUUCAUCGAUCCUAUUCAAUGCAACAAGUUCAUCUUCCCUCAACGAACAAUGCAAUUCAUUCCCAUCAACAGUUACUCAGUUCUUCUCUACGUCAGUCUCGCUUAGUUCAAUCGAAUAGUUUCAUUUACCAUGAUCCACUGUUUAUUCAGAAACGAGGAAAUGCUUCGCAGCCGAAAGGAUUCUUCGGUUCGUUGUUAGACGAUAUCAAAAACGAAUUAAACAAAAAUAAAGAUAUUAAAGACAAUAUUAAGAAAUUUCGAGAUCAAGCAAAGAAACUUGAAGAUAGCGAUGCAUUGAAAGAAGCUCGAGAUAAAUAUAAAGUCUUAGAACGUGAAACGAUGAAAAGUUCAACUGUUCUACGCGAGAAAAUCGGUGAAAUCAGUGGGAAAGUCAAAGAAAGUGAUGUUAUGAAAAAAGCAUCGGAUUUGGGUUAUGAACUAGGUAAACAAGCGCAAAAAGCGGCAGGAAAGAUUUCUCAAACCACGGAACAACUCACCGACACUGCAGCUUACAAGAAAGUCUCUGAACGUUUGAGUACAAUCAAAGAAGAAGUGAGCGAUGCAACAAAACUAUCAAGAAAGCUAGGUUAUCAACCACCCACUGUCCUACGAAAACGAACCGAUACCGAUUCGGUCAAAAAGGAGAAGGUCUUUCAAGCGGAUACGGAGACACAAACAAUAGCAGUACAUAAAGAUUCUCAAUGGUUUCAAAGUUGGCAAAAUUUCAAAGACAAUAACACGUAUCUGAAUAAAUUGUUUGAUCUGAAAUCGAAGUACGAUGAAAGUGAUAAUCUAGUUGUUCGGGUGGCAAGAACAUUUACUGAUAAAAUUUCCGGAGCUUUAUCAUCGGUAUUCAGUCAAUCGGAAACUAGUGAAGCUCUAACAGAAAUUUGUCGCGUUGAUCCAACGUUCGAUGUUGCACAAUUCAUCCGUAUUGUGCAGUAUGAUAUUAUUCCAAACAUAUUCGAAUCGCUAGCACGUGGUGAAUUAGAAGUCCUAAAAGAUUGGUGUACUGAAGCCGUAUACAACGUCUUAAUUCAUCCAAUUACUACUUCGAAAGCAUUAAAUUAUAAAUACCAUUUGAAAAUUAUCGAUGUUAGUGAUGUUGAACUUCUCGCCGCGAAAAUUAUGGAAAUGGGUCCGGUUCUUGUAGUUAAUUUUCAAGCACAACAGAUUGCUUACAUUGCCGAUGCUAAUGGCAAAGUAAUAGAAGGUGAUCCAGAGCAAAUCAAUCGAGUUAAUUAUAUAUUUGCACUUGGCCGUGAUCCAACUAUACUUGAUCCAUUAGCUGCUUGGCGUCUCGUUGAUUUGAGUGCAUCGAAACUAAAUCAUUUUGUUUGA